ACCCGAAUUUCGCACCUCAUAUGAAGUAAUAGCCUCGGAUGUCUGAUUUUAUGUUGUGGCAAGCUACUUAGAGGGGAAUAGACACUCAAUGGCCAUCCUACCACGAAGUUGGGCGAUAAUCAUCGCCAAUGUAUUAACCCCCUUAGCUGUCUUAGUGUUCUCGUCUGGAUUUUUCCCUUAUAAGCCAUUGAUACCAGGACUUGCAAAAUUCGAGGAUGGCGGCAACUACACGGCAACCCCAAAGGUUUUUGACAAAGUCAUUUUCAUGGUUGUCGACGCUUUAAGGAGUGACUUCGUGUACUCUAAUAAGUCCGGGUUCCUGUUUACCCAAAGCCUGAUUCGAUCAGGAGCUGCACUGCCAUUCACUGCUUAUGCUAGUUCGCCAACUGUCACAAUGCCUCGACUCAAGGCAAUAACGACUGGCUCAAUACCAUCUUUUCUGGACGUAAUUUUGAAUAUUGCAGAGUCCGAUACUUCGUCGACUCUAGCAUAUCAAGAUACCUGGUUAGCACAGUUGAAGGCAAACGGAGGCCAGCUUGUCAUGUAUGGGGAUGAUACUUGGCUCAAACUAUUCCCUGGGAUGUUCGAAAGAGCAGAUGGUACCACAAGUUUCUUUGUGUCGGACUUCAUCGAAGUGGACAACAACGUAACUCGUCACGUCUCUACUGAGCUUCUACGUGACGACUGGUCAGCAUUCAUCAUGCAUUACCUUGGACUAGAUCACAUUGGGCACAAAGCAGGCCCUCAGAGCCCUUACAUGACAACAAAGCAACAGGAGAUGGACUCUGUUGUCGCUAAUAUAUAUAUGAGCAUGGAGCAGCAACAACAUUUGCAGUCCACUCUUUUUGUCUUAUGUGGUGACCAUGGGAUGAACGAUGCCGGGAAUCAUGGCGGCUCAUCCGUGGGUGAGACAUCGCCCGCAUUGCUCUUUAUUUCUCCUAAGUUUCAGACCUUGGAUAUCCUCAGACAGUCUCCGACAGACUCGCAUAGUGACUUCCAGUAUUACCGAACCGUUGAGCAAACAGAUAUAACUCCGACUUUGGCAGGACUCUUAGGCUUACCGAUACCUUUGAAUAGUCUGGGAGUCUUUAUCCCAGAACUCCUUGAUUUGUGGGAAAUAAGAUCGCAAAGGACUGAAGUGUUGCUCUCGAAUUCCCGACAGAUAUUGAGAAAGAUGAAAGAGACGUUUCCUAGCCACAGUUUCGAUAUCAAUUCGAUGAACAUCGCUUGCGACACUGGGCCUUUAGCCGACGUCGAUCGGGCGCUCUGCGCAUGGUUUCGGGUCGAUCGCUUGCUUCAACACUCCAGCGGAACCGACAAGGAUGGUUUUCAUGACGAGCUUGAGUCGACAUUAUUUGAGUUCUUGAAGCAUGCACAGAAGGUAAUUAGUAGCGCAGCUAGUGACUACGAUCUCAGAAAUCUUUUUCUGGGCUUAGCCAUCACUUUUUUCGUUGUCCUGCUUCCUCUUCCUACGACUUACACUCUGCUCUCUAAGUCUGGGCCUGCGGGGGCAUUCUUUACACUGUGUCUUCUAAGCUAUGGUGGCAUGAUGUUCGCUAGUAGCUAUGUGGAGGAAGAGCAACAAUUUUGGAAUUGGACGUUUACUGCGUGGGUGUUCUACCUACAUGUAAGAUCAUCCAUUCUUCCGCGUUGUUCCGUGCCCUCACAGGAGAGGAGUACAGGAUUCUAUCGCUUAUAUGAGUUGCUGUAUUCCAAGUAUGGUGCGUUGGUGCUGCUGCUAUCACAUAGGGUUCUGAGGCGCUGGAACCAAACGGGCCAGAAAUUUGCUACUGAACCAGACAUCGCCCGGACAUUCUUCACUUCCCACCGGCUCAUACUCUGGUUUCUCGUUAUAUCAACAUAUGCCAUGACCUGUAGGCACCUUUUGGCGCACCGUCGUCUAUCAAAGCUUUGGCAACUAUGUUGUGUCGCAGUGGUAUCGAGCGCGUUUUUCUUGAAGCUGUCAUAUGUGGCAUCAGAUUCCCCUGAACUUCUUCCUGAAGCUCUGCUUGUUCUUUGGAAGAGGGAAUUCGAUGGAGGGUCUACCGUCCUCUUUACGCGGCUGGUCGUAGUGGGGAUUCUGUUUCUCGUUCCACUGUCAAUGUGCACCAGCAAUACCACGCGACUGCGUGAGACGAAAGUUGUCCCGAGUACCGUCUUCCAUGACGUUCUCACCCUUUUUUUGGUAACUCAAUCAAAGGCGACGAACAUUCCGGCAUUCCUGAUACUCGGGGCCCAUGUCACUAUACUUGCUACGAUGAAUCUUCACGCCCUCGAGCUAGCUAUUACAUCUGUGAUCGCGCAGUAUAUGACCUUCUUCGCAUUUGGCGGUUCAAACUCCAUAGCCACCGUUGACUUGUCCAAUGCAUAUAAUGGCAUUGGCACCUACAAUGUCGUCUUGGUGGGUAUCUUAACAUUUAUAAGUAACUGGGCAGGGCCAAUAUGGUGGGUAUCGGCUGCUCAGGUUCUCAGGCUAAACCAGGCUAGGCAUGAAAGAGAGGGUCACAUGGCUGUUCUCACUUUCCACAUGGCAGCCACGUUGAUGUCUGUCAUGGCGGCAUGCACGAUCUUGAGGUCGCAUCUCUUUAUCUGGACGGUCUUCUCCCCCAAGUACCUCUAUGCAAUGGCGUGGGCUAUCCUCAACCAUUUGGCCGUUAACUUGUUUGGUGAGGUCUUGCAUGUGAUAUCAACAACACUGCCGAACCAUUCACGAGCGGAGUGAUUAUAAUGUGAAAGCAGAGGGCGAGAGAAAACUGAGCGGAACCUAAGAGAUAGGAAUGCUCUGCAUAUUUA